AUGUCUUCAGGGCUGCGCCAGUUUGCCCACGAUGUCUCCCCGUACCUUGUCAUAUUGAUUGCCGUGAGCGCCCUUGGGCCUCUUCAAUUUGGUUUCCACUUGGGCGAGUUGAAUGCACCCCAAGAUGUCAUCACCUGCCGCAGAAAAUCCAUUUCCGCUCGAUUCGUAUCGCGAUCCGUCGACGUUGCGAGCAUGCCCGACUGCAUCUACAUGGACAAUGUUCAGUUUGCCGUCGUCUCGAGUGCCUUUACAGUAGGCGGUCUGUUCGGCGCCCUGGGUGCCGGCCCCAUCUCUUCCGCCAAAGGUCGACUCUUGGCCAUGCGUCUCACCAGUCUCUUCUUUGUCAUUGGGUCUGUGAUUGAAGCUGUAGCUGCCUCGGUCCCCAUCAUGGCACUUGGCAGAGUGUUUUCGGGUGCUGGAGCCGGAGCCGCGACGGUCAUUGUGCCAAUCUACAUAAGUGAAAUCGCACCUCCUAAGGAAAGAGGAUUCUUUGGGUUCAUGACACAGAUUAGUAUCAAUGUUGGAAUCUUGCUGGCUCAGACUCUUGGGUUCUUCCUGAGCCACGAUUCAGCCUGGCGCUGGAUCUUGGGAACUGGUGCAAUCAUUGGAGGCGCUCACAGCAUUGGUCUAGUUGCCGUUCCCGAAAGUCCUGCCUGGCUCGCAUCGAAUGCAAGCGUAUCACAUGCCAAGCGUGUUUUGCAGCGCAUACGAGGCAAUGACUAUGAUAUUGAAGAAGAAGUGGCCUCGUGGGGAGUAACGAAUCCAGAAGAACAAGGCCUACUACAAGACGCCGAGAACCCCGAAGUCGCCAAGUCUGGAGGCGAGCACUAUGGCUUUAUACAAGUUGUACGCGACCCCGAGACUCGACCUGCCAUUAUUGCAGUUGUGGGCACAAUGUUUGCUCAGCAGCUUUGUGGCAUCAACUCCAUCAUCAUGUACUCGGUAUCUCUUCUCGCCGACCUGCUCCCCAUCAACUCGGCGCUGCUUACGAUUAUCAUUUCGGCCAUGAACCUUGUCGUUACCAUCGCAUGUGCCCCGCUACCGGAUAAGCUGGGACGCAAGGGGUGCCUUUUGGUGUCUACUGCAGGACAGGGCACGAGUGCUCUCUGUCUUGCUCUGUCCAUUCUGUUUGGACUAAAGGUCCUCAGUGCCGUUGCCGUGCUGGCCUUUGUCGCAUUCUUUGCUGUUGGCUUGGGGCCUGUGCCAUUCAUGCUGGCGAGCGAGCUCGUAGGCCAAAAGGCUGUUGGCGCUACUCAGAGCUGGGGGUUGGGCGCCAGCUAUAUUGCCACCUUUCUUGUUGCGCAAUUCUUUCCCAUCAUCAACGUCGCCCUGAAUGAGCGAUUCGGUGGCGCAGGUUGGGUCUACUUUGUAUUUACCGCCCUUGCAAUCUGCUCGGGGCUCUUUAUUUCCACAAGGGUGCCAGAGACUCGCGGUAAAAAGGAUGCAGACGAGGUAUGGGGAAGGACUAGACGCCUAGACUAG